AUGGAGAGAUGUUGUGAAGAAGAGAUGCCUUCAGAAAUGGAAACUUGUUCACAUGUUGCAUUUUGUGCUGCAAAGAAGUACUGGUGGUUGUUCAACUCUUGUGAAUGCUUCAAACCUAUGCAGCACAAUUCCUCUUUACCUAAGAUCACAUCACCAACUCCAUAUGUCAUUGAUAGCGACGCUGAAAUCAAAGAGCCACUGAUUCUUUGUUGCACUCAGGACAUAGGGUUCACUGUGUAG